AAUAUUGUUUGAAGACAAAAAAGUUGAACCGAACCUUGAACAACAGAUUCUAUUUAACGGUUAUCUAUUUUUAAUAUUAGGGGUUAAACAUUUAGAAUGCAUUCAUGGUAGAGACCAAACCAUCUCACGAAAAAAAAAGCAAAAAAAUGAAAAAUGCAAAUGAAGUGUUAAAUUAGUUGUUAAAGUUUAAAAAGAGCAACUUAUCUUUUCGAUACUUUACAUGGAUCCUAAGUUGAAACAUACUAAAACUGGAACUUUAGUCAAUAGUAAUCAAAUUAACAAAAUGAAAGAUGACUUUUUCAAAACCUUAAAAAGCUUAUUCAAGAAAACAGAUUUUAGUGACAAGGUGUUAUGCAUUAUUGAAGAACAAUUGGAUAAAACUAAAGAAGAUUCUAAUGUACACUUAAAAGAUCCGAUAGUUAAUAAUGGAUCAUUUUUACCAAAACAGAUUAGUAUUCCGAUUCACAGUUUGGUUUUCUGCAUUAAUAGCAGGUUUUUUAGAAAUCUAUUUUACGACUCCAAUAUGCUGGAAACAAAAGAGAACAAAGUUGUUUUACAUGUUACCCCUGGAGAUAUUCAGUAUGUGGAAUUGGUUAUUAAUUCAUUUUACGAUCCUGAUAUAAUUAACAACAUUAACACUAUUAAAUUGUUAAAGGUAUUAGAAUAUGCCGAUAGAUACUUAUGUGACUCACUUCUUAAGCAUGGGCUUUCUAUCGUCAAAAAUAUUGUUGUUACAAAUUUUGAUGAAUGUAAUUUUUUGUUAGAUAAAAUAGCUUACUUUGAAAACUAUCUUGGACAUUUAUUAACGAAAGACUUUUUUUUUAACGUCAAAAAAUGUUGCAGUCAGUUUCUUACAGAAGCAUUUACUCCGCUAGAAUGUUGUGUGUAUAAUAAAUCAUUAAAUGAUUUAAAUUUUUUAAGUUUUUUAACCUUAUUAAAGUCAGAUGGUGAGUUUCUUUUCAGUGAAAAUAGUGUAGUUACAUGUGUUUUAAACUGGUUAGAAGCAAAUGAAACACACCAAACAGAAGAAAACAUCAAAGCUUUGCUUUCAGAAUGCCGGUACGAAUACAUUGAUGUGUCAUUUUUAAGAAACGGGUUAUGCUACACAAAUUCCAUUUUUAGCAAAUGGUCCGGGUACCUAAAUUGGUAUAUCAACGCCGUUUCUUAUCCUUCUAUGCAAAACAAUGCCGCAGCUACUUCUAAAAGAACUAACAGGCAAAAAAAAAUAACUAGUUCUUCAACCGAAUUUCGCAACAUGGUAAAUCAUAAAAAGGCUACUAAAAAUAAUGAACUUUGCCACAAAUAUGAGCUAAAGAUGAAGUACAUUGUUGAUACAAAAAGAUGGAUCUCAGAUAAAAACAUGUUGUACCGUGGUUAUGUUUUACAACUUUUUGUUUAUGCAACGAAUAAGGUAGUGCUGGAAUUGAUAAUAGGAAAAGAUAAUCAAAAAAAAGAAAUGGAAAAUUUUAUUCUAAAAAUUCCUUUUGAAAUCCAAAUUUCAAAUUUUCAUGUUUCCCUUCAAGUCAAUGCAGGAAAUCAAAGUUUUUAUGGCAAUUGUUAUAACUAUCAAGAAACUCAAACACAUUUUUACAAUAAUUCUCAGCAUAAUGCUGAACGAAACUCAAAUUUUUACACAAAAAAAGAUGUUUUUCAAUUUAGCAACAGUAACUUUGCAGAUAUCUCACUUGGUGAAAUUCUAAACUAUCAACCUAGAGCAAUUCAACAUCAAAACGACAUGAUUGUUGCCAUUUACUUUACCGCAUAAACUUUAAUCGAGGUUUUUAAGACCUAUUUUUUUGCAUUUUUUUAAAUUGUCUUAAUUUAAAUUGGUUUGUUGCACCUUUACUUUUUCUAUUUGGUAGUAAUUGUUAUUACUGGAUGUGGAUUUUUGUUAUUUUUAAUUAUUUUUAACUUUA